GGUGAAAUACCAAAAUUCCAUUUCUGUGCUUUUCCCGUGUCCGUGCGGAUCUAGGGUUUGGAUUCCUUCUCAAUUGAGUCGUGCGGGUUUCAGUUCUCGUCUCUGAUUGUGUUUUGCCGGAAUAAAUUCAGGUUUUCGUUAGAGAGAAGAGAGGGAUGGUGCUGUCGCAGAAGCUUCACGAAGCGUUCAAAGGGACGGUGGAGAGGAUCACCGGGCCUCGUACUGUCUCCGCUUUCAAGGAGAAAGGAGUUUUGAGCGUCUCGGAGUUCAUCCUUGCCGGAGACAAUCUUGUAUCCAAAUGCCCUACCUGGUCCUGGGAAUCAGGUGAACCGAGCAAGAGAAAGUCCUACUUACCAGCUGAGAAGCAGUACUUGAUUACUAGAAAUGUACCAUGCCUAAGGAGAGCUGCAUCUGUGGAAGAAGAGUAUGAAGCUGCUGGGGGGGAGAUUCUUCUUGAUAAUGAAGAUAAUGAUGGUUGGUUGGCAACCCAUGGGAAACCUAAAGAUAAAAAUGAUGUGGAGGAAAACUUGCCUUCCAUGGAAUCCGUAGAAAUCAGCAAGAACAAGACUGUUAAAGCAAUCCCUUCGUAUUUUGGGGGUGAUGAUGAAGAAGAUAUACCUGACAUGGCUGAUUAUGAAGAAGCUGACAAUGUUAUUGAGACAGAUGCUGCAACACUGCAACCCACAUACCUUGUUGCUAAUGAGCCAGAUGAUGACAAUAUCUUACGGACACGUACAUAUGAUGUUAGCAUCACCUAUGACAAAUACUAUCAGACUCCUCGUGUCUGGCUUACUGGUUAUGAUGAGUCAAGGAUGCUUUUACAACCAGAGCUUGUGCUGGAAGAUGUUAGUCAGGACCAUGCGCAUAAAACGGUUACCAUUGAGGAUCAUCCCCACUUACCUGGGAAGCAUGCUUCUGUUCAUCCAUGUCGUCAUGGGGCUGUGAUGAAGAAGAUCAUUGAUGUUCUGAUGUCACGUGGUGUGGAACCGGAAGUUGACAAGUACCUUUUCUUAUUCUUGAAAUUUGUUGCGUCUGUGAUUCCAACAAUUGAGUAUGACUACACUAUGGACUUUGAUCUUGGAAGCUCUAGCAAUUAAUUCAAGGUACACAAUACUUGUACAUACAACCCUAAAUGUUUAUCUCGUGAUGGUUCUCUAUGAAUGUCGGUGUUUAUGGAGAGACUGGAAUGCUGCACCUGUGGUUCGGCUGAUCAGACAUUAAAGUCUGUUGAUAACCAUUGCACUGCCUGUCAAUGAUGCUCUGCCGGACUAUGAUGAAUUUACUACCUGUUUAUUGUUUAAUAUACUUGUAUAGACAUUUCUUCCGUUUACUGUAAUUACUGAUGUUUGUAUGAACUAUAAAGUAUGAAUGGUGCUACACUGCUACCUUUUCAUCUU